GGUUGUAUGAUGUGUCUUUUGACAAUAACACUGAUGUUAUAUUUUUGUAACUAAUAAUGAUUUUUAAUUUAAUUAUUACACUCCUUGCGCUAAGUUUGUGUGAAGGUAAAAGAUACGAUGGAUUCAUGCUGUUGCGGGGUUUACCGGCUAGCGAAGAACAUUUAGAAUUUUUCAAAAACGUAACGAAGAAUUACGAUGUCAACGUGUGGCAGCCUCCAGGAUUGGUCAACAGGCCUGUUGACUUCAUCAUAAAUCCUGACCAUGCCGAAAUGGUGAAGUCAGAAGCUAGGAAUAAGAACAUUCCCUUGGAAAUUCUACAUAGUGAUAUACAGACCGCGCUCGACAAUCAAACUGUGAACACGUACAGUAGGCGCAACACCAAAUCAUUUAACUUUAACAGCUAUUAUCGCGCAAAUGAUAUAGUCAACUGGAUGAUGGAUCUAAAAACACAGUACCCACAUGAAAUCAGCUUGUUCAGCAUCGGAAAAUCACUCGAAGGCCGGGAUAUUAUGUGCAUGAAGAUCAUCUUUAAAGAGUCUAAAAGAAGGUCCAAAGUUGUCAUUGAAGGCGGCAUACAUGCGCGGGAGUGGAUAGGGACAGCCAUGGUCACGUAUAUCAUCAAUGAACUGAUCCAUGCCCGUAACGGUUUGAGGAAUCAAAAACUGCAAGAAAUCGCUUAUCACUACGAGUGGUUUAUCAUUCCAAUAUUUAAUAUAGAUGGCUACGAAUAUUCGCACACAACGGAUCGGAUGUGGAGGAAAAAUCUCCGUGGCGGGCAUGGUGUCGAUCUGAACCGAAACUUUGAUGCGGCUUUUGGAACCGUGGGAGUUACAUUAACAGAUAAACAAUCAGAAGAAUAUUGCGGCCCCAAAGCGUUUUCUGAACCAGAAUCCCAACAUUUAAGAAGAUUUAUGCAAUCCACCAGCAAGCAUUUGCCGAUUAGCCAUUAUAUAUCAUUCCAUGCAUAUGGGCAGCUCUUCAUCAUACCGUACGCGUAUACUAAGAAACAUCUUGAAAAUUUUAAUGAAAUGAAAAAAAUAGGGGACAGUGCAGCAGCACGUAUAAAGAAGAGAUACGGGACGGAAUACACUGUAGGGACAGCAUUUGAUACCGUAGGAUAUAUGGCAGCUGGUGUAAGUGCAUGUUGGGCCAAGAAGACAUUUAAAAUCCCGUACGUGAACGUAUUCGAGCUUCGCGACACUGGCAAACACGGCUUUGCCUUGCCGGCCAACCAGAUCAAAAAGACAUGCCUGGAAACCAUGGAUGGACUGAUGGAGGUCCUCAAACCACGGCGAACCAAACUAUCAGGACAAGAUGACUUCGAUGAAGACCAACCCGACGGCCAGGCUAUGACUACUUUGAAUGGAUCGGUCAUUUCGAUAAAUGUUUUUCUUAUAUGGCUUUUCGGUUUUUAAUAAAAUUAUUGUUAUGAAAUUAUAUA